UGUUUGCUCCACGCUUUUUUUCAUGCGGACUUUGUCACACAGUUUUGUCGUCUGUCCAUUUCAUUCUCUUGCAAACAAACGGAGUCGGAAGUACCCGCUCGCUUCGAAGUCCACUCGCUCUAUUCCUCUAAAGUCAAGUUUGACCUCGAAACAGAAGAAGAAGAAGAAGAAAAGCCGGAGUCGAAAAGGAGGAAAACGGAGGAACCUGGAGGAGGAAAAAGGUCGAAGUAACCAUGGAAGUUCCUGGUAUGCAGAGUUCUCACGUGGAUCCAGAGGAGCUGUUCACCAAACUGGAUCGAAUUGGAAAAGGGUCUUUUGGAGAAGUGUUCAAAGGCAUCGAUAAUCGCUCUCAGAGUGUUGUCGCCAUCAAGACGAUCGACCUGGAGGAGGCGGAAGAUGAGAUCGAGGACAUCCAGCAGGAGAUCACCGUGCUCAGUCAGUGUGACAGCCCAUACAUCACCAAAUACUUUGGCUCCUACCUGAAGGGCAGUAAACUAUGGAUCAUCAUGGAGUAUCUGGGUGGUGGUUCAGCGCUGGAUUUGCUGAAGGCGGGACCAUUUGAAGAGUCUCAGAUUGCCACCAUGCUGAAGGAGAUCCUAAAGGGUCUCGACUACCUGCACUCUGAGAAGAAGAUCCACAGAGACAUCAAAGCCGCCAAUGUCCUGCUUUCGGAGCAUGGCGCCGUGAAGCUGGCUGACUUCGGAGUGGCUGGUCAGCUGACAGACACACAAAUCAAGAGGGAAACCUUCGUGGGAACGCCAUUCUGGAUGGCGCCUGAGGUCAUCCAGCAGUCAGCUUACGACUCAAAGGCGGACAUCUGGUCUCUGGGCAUCACCGCCAUUGAGCUCGCCAAAGGUGAACCUCCCAACUCCGACAUGCAUCCGAUGCGAGUCCUCUUCCACAUUCCCAAAUCUCCUCCUCCGACGCUAAUCGGAGACUUCUCCAAGAGCUUUAAAGAGUUCACAGAGGCCUGCCUCAACAAGGACCCGUCCUUUCGUCCCACAGCCAAGGAGCUGCUCAAACACAAAUUCAUCGUGAGAAACUGCAAGAGGACGUCUUACCUCAGCGAGCUGAUCGACAGGUACAGGAGGUGGAAGGAGGAGGGGCACAGCGACAGCAGCUCCGACUCAGACAGUGAGCAUGAUAAAGAAAACAACGAGAGUCCUGAGUGGUCGUUCACCACCGUCCGUAAGAAGAAACCAGAGGGCAGGAAGGUCCUCAACGGAACGGCUCAGGCUCAGCUGAGUAAAUCUGCCAGUCUGACCACAGUCAUGUCUCCUGUCUUCACUGAGUUGAAGCAGCAGCACAAGGAGCACUCUGAGCAGCGAUUGGCUAUUGAAGAGCUAGAACGCAACAUCCGAUUGGCUGAAGAGGUGUGUCCGGGCAUCACGGACCAGAUGGUUGCUCACAUCAUUGCCAGAUACACGACAAACUGAAGGACAGUUUAAAAGGAAAGUAGGAAGAGAUGGUCUUCAUAUGGGGGCACUGCUGGAUGAAGAAAACAGGAGAUUUGCUGUGCGAUGUCUCCUCUCUCGACACACACACACACACACACACUAGCAUUGUAAUAUAUACACUAUAUUUUAUAGCCUCACUGCUGCUGUUUGAGGAUUCCCCCCUCCCCACAGGUUUAGUUUGAAACUAAAUUUUUAAAUAAAAUGGUCUGGAUGAUUGAAAAUACCAUAAUGUGCCUUACUUUAUUUUUAUACCUUUUUUCCCUCUUAUUUUGUACAUUUUUGUCCAAUCCACACCAGAAAGUCUGACCCAGCAGUCCGUCAGCAGCAGUAGCCUCCGUUUAGUUUGAUGUAAAUGUUUGUACGUUUGUUCAGCAGCACUUGAGUCAGAUCAUAUGCCAAUGUGAGUUCUCAGUAACAGUUUUUAAUUAUAGCCCCCCCACACAUCGGUUUCUGUAAAGGUCCAGUCGCCCCUCCCAGUGAUCUUUAAAUCACUGGAGAUGACUCAGCGUUUUUAUAGAUCUCUGACAGUUCAAAUAGGAAAAAUGAAAACUGUAAAAACGUGAGAAUUUCAACAGUUUUAUGUAAAAGUUCUUUUCCAGGUAGAGUAAUUCAUUUCUGACUCGUUUUGAGGAGCUAACAGGAACUAGCCAGGCUAAGCAGCUAGCAAGCUAACUAGCUAUUUUAACCUUCCAACCUAAAGAUGCUUGUUCCACUUGUUAGGCGGAAACAUUUGGCUUUGCUUUAGGUUGUUGACUAAUUUAACUGUGAACUUUUUAUUACUGUCUAGCUUUUCUUCAGAAGCUUUUUGGUAAUUGUGGAAUUAAACAACCUUUUAGCAAAACACGAAUGUCUCCUAAAGCCUCACGUGCAGGGACGGCCCAGUCUACAUCAGGUUUGGCAAGCAACCUUGGUUUUACGUCGUCCAAAGGGUGAAGUUUGAAAAAUCACUCGUUAUUUUUUAUUGUACCGGGGUUUUCCGAGUGAAUCCUGGGAGCUGUAAUUAAACAUGUUACUGAUGGUUUGUACCAAAGACACUAUACGAUUUGGUCAUUGUAUAUUGUUUUGUCUUUUUAUAUAUAUAUCAUAAGGGAUUCGACUUGUUUAAGGGGGAAUUGUACAAUGACAGAUGUUAACAGAUGUAAGAUUUAACAGAACUGUACUUUUUUGUAGCUGGACUUGGAGUUUUAUGAAUAAAUAUUUAAAUUUGGUUGACAAA